GAGCAAACAUGACUCAGAAACCGGUUCCUCGGGGUUGAAACAUUAGAUGAUGCACACUGAGGUCAUUGCGCUGUAAACCAAUGCCCGUGUUUCGCUGGGCUGGGUUCUCUAGAAGGUGCGCUGCUGACUGAAUUGCUGGAAGAACACUCACAGGUGUGGGAAGAAAGGACUUGCCACCAACCUUGGUUUCUAGAGCUCCUUCUCUGGGCUGGGAAGGAUUUUAUGUUAAUCAGAAAUAUUUCCAGAAGAUUGAAGCCGCUGUAGGGGUGACGCAAAUCUGCCAAGGGCCAGAAUGGGAAUCCUAUACUCCGAGCCCAUCUGCCAGGCGGCCUAUCAGAAUGACUUCGGUCAAGUGUGGCGCUGGGUUAGAGAGGACAGCAGCUGCAUCAAUGUGCGAGAUGGCUUUAACGGAGACACUCCCCUGAUCUGUGCUUGCCGGCGUGGGCACCUGAGAAUCGUUUCCUUCCUUUUAAAAAGAAAUGCUGACGUGAACCUCAAAAACCAGAAACAGAGAAACUGCUUGCAUUAUGCUGUGAAGAAAAAAUUUACCUUCUUUGAUUACCUCCUCAUUAUCCUCCUAAUGCCUGUUCUCCUUAUUGGGUACUUCCUCAUGGUAUCAAAGACCAAGCAGAACGAGGCUCUUGUUCGAAUGCUGCUCGACGCUGGCGUCAACGUGAACGCCACGGACUGUUACGGCUGCACGGCGUUACAUUACGCCUGCGAAAUGAAAAACCAGAAUCUCAUCCCUCUGCUCCUUGAAGCUCAUGCAGACCCCAUGAUAAAGAAUAAGCGUGGUGAGACUUCGCUGGAUAUUGCACGGAGAUUAAAAUUUGCCCAGAUUGAGAUAAUGCUAAGGAAAGCAUCAUAAUCCUAGUGGCCUCACAUGAAGAGAUAGAAAAAAUUAAAGCACCGUGUUUGAUCUCCAUUUUGGACAAUUGGUCUGUGGACCGCUCAACUUAGGUGCCAGAAUUUUAUGGUUGCCAUGGCUAACCAUAAUAGUGGUUGCCAUGGUAACAGUUUUAGAAGGGCUUUGUAUUUAUAAUUCUUUGUUGUUUUGCCCAGUGGAGUUGACCAUGGUCAUAAUUCUUCUAGGAGAAACACUCAAGUUGUUGGAGUUUCCUCUUUGGUCAAAAAAAGGUGACAUUUCAACCCCCGUUUGUCUGAAGAAGAGGAUUGCAGUUGGCUGUUUGGUUCUCUCUUCUCAGGUGUGCACCUCUCACCAAGAGAUAGUCCUGUCUAUAUCAUAUCCAGAAAACAACAGUUUCUUUCCGUCCUUCUGAGUAGUAAGAGGAAGAUUCAAAGUAUAUAUAUUUGUAUAGAAUGAUGUGUUGGGGGCGUGGGGGGAGGGCUUUAUGUAAAUAUUCAUUUGGUGAAACAAUUUCAAUAAAACUAUCUAUCAGUCAUCGGGGGUGGGGGUAUUUAUGCCACAGUAAUUGGGAAAUCCUGUAAGUCCGGGCUUUUUCUUUUUCUUUCCAGAGAGCCAAGUUAACUAGAAUACCUCUAGACAUUCUACCAUCAGCCAUCUUGAUUAUGAACAAAAUUAUAUAACUAUCAAGAUGUUUGUUCAAAAACACCUUUAUGAUUCUCCUGUGAAUGCCAGGCAGCUACUAAGGUUGUUCAUUCUGUUUAUUUUCAUUAAUAAAAUUUAAAAUAUUAUUAACUGUUGGACAAAGGAUUUCUUUACAGGAAAUGAGGUGGUAUCUGGAUUUUACUUCCAGAGGUGGAGAUAGUACAUAUCAAAAUAUAUUUCUUAAGGCUCUUGUCAAUGACACAGAGUAGAAAUAAACAUAUUAAAAAUGAUCAAAUUUUGCAAAGCAAGUCUGAAUCAUUAAUAUCUUUAGACACGGAUUAAAGUGUAGACAUAUUACACACUAUGUGAGGUAACAAAUGAACAGUCUAAGAAGAAAAGAUUUACCAUCCUUGAACAGAACAAAGGGCUAAUGAAAAUCGAAUCCAGAAUAUUUAUUGAACGAUGUACAGAGCCUUAAAGUAUAUGUUUUAGGAGGGAAAUAGGAGUGUGUAGAUACAGUUUCAGAAGUGCUUAAGUGUCUCUUAAAUUAUUUAAGAUACAUUGCACUGAAUGGAGUCAGCAGGUGACUCUGGGGAACUGAAUAAACAAAUGAACUUGACACACCAUAGACCUUUAGCACGCACCUAUGUACCUUCAAUUUGGUUUGCAAAAUUAUGCUAUCACUCAUGUAAUCUGUAGCUGUCAUCUUUGAAAUGGUGUGAAAUUGAGCAUUUUUCUAAAGAAAAAUUCAUAUUUGUGAAUGAGUUUGGAUAGUUAUCAAGAUCAAAGGAUAAAAUACAUGGCAGUUUGUUGUCUUUAUGCUCAUGACAUUCUACAACUUUCUUCCUAGUUUUUAAUUUUUGAAAGCAGAAAACUGAGGCAGACGUUUGUAAGCAUUAGAUCUUCUAGAAUCAGUCAAUAAACUCUCAAAUGAGCUUGGACUAGAUGCUAGGUACCGCAAUACAUUUAUGUGUUUUGUGGAGUGCUUGAUGUAUUUAUGGAAAACUCAUUAAAUAUCUUAUAAAAUGA